GAGACGAUCUCUGUCAGACGGCGGAGCGGUUGGAGGUUUUCAAUCUGUGGCGUGCACUCUGUUGCUGGAAGAGGUGCGGUUCGUACCAGCGUCUGCGUAUUAAACUUCACACGGAGAAACUGCAGAGAAAUGGCAGAGGCCCACCAGGCAGUGGCAUUCCAGUUCACCAUAACACCAGAGGGCAUCGAUCUGCAGCUGUCCUACCAGGCGCUGAACCAGAUCUACCUGUCUGGAGUACGAUCCUGGAAGAAGCGAGUCAGCCGCGUGCGGAACAGUCUGAUUAAAGGAGUGUACCCUGCCAGCCCGUCAUCCUGGCUCUUCGUUGCCAUAGGAAUCCUGGCCACCAUGUACAUGCAGUCGGAUCCCAGCAUGGGGCUCAUCACCAAGAUACAGCAGCACCUGCCGCUAAGUCUCCACAUGUCCCUCAGUGCCCAGGGCCAGACUAUGGUGUCGGCGCUGGUCUUCAGCACUCUGCUGUGGCUCUCCCUCAUCCUCGCCCUCAGGUUCUGCCUCAAACUGCUGCUGUCCUACCACCAGUGGAUGUUUGAAAAGCACGGCCGGAUGUCUAACACCACCAAAGUCUGGGUGCCUCUGGUGAGGUUGCUGUCAAGCAGGAAGCCUUUGCUGUACAGCUAUCAGUCGUCUCUACCUCACCUCCCCGUUCCAGCCAUCCAAGACACCGUGAGCAGGUACUUGGAGUCGGUGCGCCCUCUGCUGACGGACCCGGAGUUUAAACGCAUGUCAGACCUGGCCAAUGAGUUUGAGUCGAAUCUGGGGAACCGCCUCCAACGCUACCUGAAACUUAAAGCUCUGUGGGCCACCAACUAUGUGAGUGACUGGUGGGAGGAAUACGUCUAUUUAAGGAGCCGAGGUCCCAUUAUGGUCAACAGUAACUACUAUGGAAUGGAUUUUCUGUACGUGACACCAACCUCAGUGCAGGCGGCCAGGGCAGGGAACACGAUCACUGCCCUGCUGCUCUACCGCCGCAAGGUGAACCGGGAGGAACUGAAGCCGAGCCGCGUUCCGGGUACCGUCAUCCCCCUGUGUGCUGCUCAGUGUGAGAGGAUGUUCAACACAACGCGCACACCAGGAGUCGAGACUGAUGUGCUCCAGCACUGGCUAGACAGCGAGUUUGUAGCAGUGUACCACAGGGGGCGCUAUUUUCGCCUGUGGGUGUACCGGGCAGGCCGCCUGCUGUCCCCCAGGGAGAUUGAAGACCAGAUCCAGAGAAUCCUGGAUGACGCUUCACCCCCGCUUCCUGGAGAGGAGAAGCUGGGAGCUCUCACUGCUGGAGACAGAAUCCCUUGGGCUCAGAUGAGGAAGCAGUACUUCAGCUCUGGGGUCAACAAGAGAUCGCUGGAUACCAUUGAGAGGGCGGCCUUCUUUGUAACCUUGGAUGACGAGGAGCAAGGCAUGAGGGGAGAUGACCCAGAGGGGAACUUGGACAGCUACGCCAAGUCUCUGCUUCAUGGGAAAUGUUAUGACAGGUGGUUUGAUAAAUCCUUCUCCGUUGUGAUCUACAAGAAUGGGAAGAGUGGGCUGAAUGCAGAGCACUCCUGGGCUGAUGCACCAACUGUAGCGCACCUUUGGGAGUACACGCUGGCCACAGAUGCCUUCCAGCUAGGCUACACUGAGGACGGCCACUGUAAAGGUGAUGUGGAGCCUUCUCUACCCCAACCUCAGAGACUUGUCUGGAACAUCCCGGCAGAGGUUCAGGCUCAGGUCAGCAGCUCUCUAGCUGUUGCACAGGCGCUGGCAGAUGAUGUCGACUGUCACGUGUUUCCAUUCAGAGAGUUUGGCAAAGGACGAAUCAAGAAAUGCCGAGUCAGCCCAGACGCCUUCAUCCAGAUCAGCUUACAACUGGCAUACUACAGGGAUCGCGGUGGCUUUUGUCUGACUUACGAGGCAUCGAUGACCCGUCUGUUCAGGGAGGGCCGGACAGAGACUGUGCGCUCCUGCUCCAACGAGAGCUGUGCUUUCAUCAAAGCUCUGGAGAGUGGAGAGACAGAGGAGGAAUGCAGACGCCUUUUCCAACUGGCUUCUGAGAGGCACCAGAACCUUUAUCGGAUGGCUAUGACUGGAGCAGGAAUCGACAGACAUCUCUUCUGCCUUUACGUAGUCUCCAAAUACUUGGGAGUGGAGUCGCCUUUCCUCAAAGAAGUUCUGUCUGAGCCUUGGCGUCUCUCCACCAGUCAGACUCCAGUUCAGCAGAUGAAUCUGUUCGACCUGAAGAACCACCCAGAUUUCAUCUCGCUUGGUGGGGGCUUUGGACCUGUCGCUGACGAUGGUUAUGGAGUUUCAUACAUCAUCGUGGGUGAAGAUAUGGUCAACUUCCACGUGUCUUCCAAAUACUCCUGCAGUCAGACUGACUCUCACAGGUUUGGAGUUCAGAUAAGUAAGGCUAUGCAGGACAUCAUGGCUCUUCUCUCAGCUGAUCCCAAAACCUCCUUGUCAUCCAAAGGCACAGACCAUCCACAGUCCAAGAAGCUCCAGUAAAAACAAAAGCGAAGGAAAGUCGGAGCCAAACAACAGAGAGCUUGUUUCAGAGAUACAGAUCUUUUGUCUUCUGCGGUCUUUAGACAAAACAAACAUUUACAGCAGUCUUUCACAGGCCAACAGAUUAACAUAACUACUGUUGUUGUUCUUUUUUUAAAACCUCCUACUCAGUGACAAAAGAUAAGCCACGACGCUCCCGUACCUCAUCCGUUCGGAAGCCUCUUGUGCAUCAGCACUAAACACACAAACGUUCUUGUAUUCUGAACUUUAAUAAUUCAACUUUUUAAAGUUUUCUGUCAGAAUAUGAAAAUCUUUGAUCAGCAAAAUAUGUAUUUAUGUUGGAAAAAAUGGCGGCAGAUGUCAUCGCUCGAGGAGGAAAUGUUUGGAGGCAGAGAAAGUGAGACGAAUGUCCCUGAUAAUCAGCGGAAAGCAUUAAGACGCCCUUAAUCUCACUAAAAGUGAAGAGCGCACUGACACCAUUCAUUACAGCAUUAUGUUGGAGGUUACUGUGCAUGUUGGGCUUUGUUAAAGUCAGUGGACACAGCAAAGGUUGGUUUAUCAGCUGGGAGUGAUGGUUUCCAGUGAAAGUCUAGUCUCUGUAAACCUGGUCAAAAACCGGAGAGAGAACCGACUGUUCGGCCACAAAGCACAUCGCUUUAUAUGUGGGCGAGUUUUAGGGAAGCUUUGGGCAUCAAAGCCGCAUUUUAAAAUGAUUGUCACGUUUUAUUUUUUUAAAAUGCUGUUUUUAGUUUGUUUGCUAGCGUGUGGGCUUUUUCUUCACUUAUCUUGCUGGUGCUUAGCCACGCUCUGCUAAGGCUUAUUGAUACUUACAAAACACUGCUCAUAGUAGUGCAAGUAAGAGUCCUGCAUUCAAAGAUCUGCUCAAGUUCAAGUAUUAUCAGUAAAUGUGCUUUUGGAUAAAGGUGGUAAAAGUGUAAAGAAAGGGGGGAAAAGCAAACGACAACUCAGACCUCCAGACAACAAGCUUCAAAAGUCUCUUAUCAUUUCAAGCUUGAGAUUUGGCUCUCCUCACAUUCACAGGCCAUCCAGUCCAAGAAGCUCGAGUGAAACGGCAAAGAAAAGUUAGACAAAUAUUCCUUGUAACUGUCCAGACACUGUCCAAAACACAGCUUAAGAAGACACUAACUGGCAUUAAGUAAACAACGUGAGACAAGUUAUUUACCAGAGGCUUUGAACUUUUGGAUCAAAUGCGAUGUAACUAGAACAAACGUUAAAUGAGAAGUCUUUGGCUCAGCUGGAACAUUUCGCGUCUGUUGUUCUUUCUUUAUCGGGGAAGUGCUGAGAGCACCAGAAACAGACUGCAAAGCGAGACAGAGUGAUGAGAAAACGCUGUGAAAUGACCGAAUGGGCGUCUCUGAUGGCUCACAACAUCAAGUUAGAGCUUUCAGGCUGUGUUCUGUCUGGGAUCCAGGGAUGUUAUUAAAAGUGCAGCAUUUUAAGAAGGGAACAGAACAAUGAUGUUCUUUGUGUCGUGUGCUUAGCGUAGCGAUUAAAAAGGUGAAUCUCGUUUUUGAUAAAUUUGUGGCUAUACUUCUGUAUUUUAGUAACAGUUGUUACAGGGGUUAUGGGAAGGGUAAGAUGGCAGCACGUGAUCUACAGAUGUUGACAGCUGGGAAUAGAGCUGUGUUUCUGUGUCUCGCUGCAUUCAUGUCACUAUACAAAGUUGUAUUUGUUGUCAGUUUGUGCCAGACAUGAUUUGUUCCUGCCAGCUGCUUGCCAUUUAAGGGCAGAGUGACAGAAGUACUAACAGCCCACUUGUUAUUUUACAAUUUUCCACGGGACAUAAAGUGGAUCGUUCCCACAGAGCCUCUUCUCUGUAUUCAGGUUUAAGAAACAUGUUCACAAAGUGAAACUCUUUCAGUGCAUUUUUCUCCAAUUAGUACAUUUCCUGCAGCAAACCUUGUAACGUGCCUUUUUGUUAUUAUUAACUGUUUCUUUCUUGGUUUUAAAUGCUUUGAGGUGUCUGAUGUAAAAACAAGUUUGAUGCUUGUUUGUUUUUGGUUUUUUUUUCUUGACGUGUGUGUGUAACCUGGUAACACUUUUGUAACUGCUCGAGUUGUUUCAUGAUUUUCUUUGGUUGCUGGGUUUUGGGUUUUUUCCCCUUAGUACAUCGUUUUCUUUCUAAAAUGCAUAUAAAUCUGCAUUAUAUGCAUUUGUGGACUCUGAUCACCUUCCACAGAUGGAUCUGAUGCGUUGUGUAAAAUAAAAUAUUUACUGUCCGCACCAGCGUGUCUGUAGCUGAUGUCGUAUCGUUAUCAUAAUUAUGUGUUGAAUUUAUCAAAUUGCUUAGUCCCAGCUCUGCUUUGGACAAGAAGCCCAGAAGUGCUCCAGUUUUCCGACUGGGUCAGAUUCUAUAAUUAGAGCCGAGUCUUUAUGUGUCUGUGUCUCAAAGUCACAUGCCAGCUGAAUAAAGAUUUAAAUAUUUGCUACA